UUAAAAACUCUUCUUCUUUGUACUUAAUUCCUUUCAUAUCCUUGAGUGAGAAAGAAGUGAGGAAAUUGAAACAAAGCUCCGGUACCGGUGACGGUGGUUCCAGUGUGUUGAAGAAGAAAUCGCCGUAAGCCAUUUCCGGCUUUUCUCCUUCACUUCUUUCCCUUCCUCUGUGUGUAUCAUCCAUUGCAAUUCUUGGUGUUGUUAUUUUCUGCUGUGCUGUAUGAUGGAAAACCGGUCACUUUGUGAUGAUAACAUGGAGGAAGCAGAGUAUGUAUUGCUUGAUCUGGAUGACCUUCCUUGUGAAAUUCACAUUCCCCCAAAUGCACCAUAUGUUCUCUCGGGUCUUGACACAUUGAAUCCCAUCUUGACCAUCGAUGGCAAAAUCAAGCUGAUUGGACAGUAUGAUGAGACUAUUGGGACAUGCCUUGUUUUUAAUGAAAGUGAUACCCCUCCAGUGGUCCAUGAUGAGGCGGGACCUUCUGAAGCUAACCUUUUCCCAGGAAGACCCACGUUAGAUCCUAAGCAAACCAAGUCCAAGCAAAUCAAGCCUGUAACACAGCUUCAAAAGAUACUUAAAUUCAGGUUGUUGCAGAACAGUGAAACUGAAGAUGCAAGAGAGAAGCCGAAAGAAGAUUAGGUAACUUUCUUAGUAACUUAGAAGCUACUACUCGAGAAUGUAUAGGGGAGUCCAAACAGUGCCAUCACGACGUAGCAAUGGUGUAUCAUGGAUAAUACUAGCAUUAUUUUUUAUUAGUACUAGUAAAUGUUAACGAUAUAGUUGGUUCAGAACUCAGAUAUUGCACAAUGAGCAACAUUUUGGUAUAAUUCUUUUUCUUA